AUCUCUGCUGCUCACCUCUUCUUGUCUCAUACAGUAUAGAUAGAAGGACAGCCAUAAGAAGUAACCAUGAUGAUGAGACUACUAUCGACUUGCCAUCUCUUGCUACUACUACUAGCAGCAGUGUCAUGUGUGUCUGCAGUCACGACGACCCGCGAAAAUGAGGAUGGUUCGUUUACGUUUGAAUCGUUGACACAACCGUUGCCGUUGUAUCCCGGAGAAGUGUCGAAUACAUGGCAUCACAUUGCCAUUCCCAAAGGGCCGAUUGCCAUUUCGGAAUUUGCAGCGGACAUUGUCGAGUUGGAUGACGACGAUACUAUGAUCCCGGUGCCACUCAGUGAUGCCUAUUUGCACCAUCAUGUCGUCUACAGUCAACACGACUAUCAGAACCGUCACAAGAAGACGAGUAGCGCAACAACCACAACACAACGCAGUAUUGGGUUUGGCGCGGGCACGGAAUCUCGAGGCACGCGACAAGUAUUUCCACAUCCGUACCGCUUCACCACAACAGCGGGAGAAGAUGAAUUUUUAGCCAAUGUCCAUGUCAUCAAUACCCGCAGUAUGACGGUCCCACAAGCCCAUCAUUGUUUGGAAUGUCCAUGUACGGCAGAAGACCGCUUUGACCCGGCCAACCAAAAGAAAUUCCGUUGGUUUUGGCAAUCCUCUGCGGAAACGACAAAGUACAAUUCGUCACUCUUGAAUACCGUCGUGGAACGCCGUCAUCAUUGGGAUCGCUGCAAUGCCAAACUACAAAAUCAGAGCAAUACCGCCUGUUCUCCCAGUACGUACAAUGGCGGAUUGCUGUGCUGCGAACAUGGAGAAUUCUGUCUCGACCAGUAUUAUUUGGAUGCUUCGUUAUUGGCGACUCCCAACAAACGGACCGGAGUCAGAGCUCCUACUUUGAACAAUGAAACCCAAUCCACCUUUUAUCUACGAUACACAUUGACGUACACACCUCUGCAACGACGUAAUGACGAAGAAAUCAUUCCCCUCUAUUUGGCCCAAUGCUGCGAUGCCACGGGCAAUCUCACCAGUGCCGGCAAUAUCGAAUACGACAUUCCAGUACUCUGCAAUUCCAAUACUACUACCAACCCAUCUUCUCCUGCAUGCAUUCACACACUGGAAACCAUUCAAACUUUGCAUGGUGCUUCCGACGGAGUAUUUGGUGCCGGAUCGAUUGAAAACGCCGAACAACAGAGCGAAGAAUGGGUCGAUGUCGUCUACAUGGUCGGACAUUUGCACCGCGGAGGAAUUGAAAUGACAGCCUAUCUCGCGGAAAACAAUACGCUGCUGUGUCGAUCACUCCCCUACUAUGGAACGAAUAAUGGAUCCGUGGGACAAAUUGGCAACGAACCGGGAUAUAUCAAUCGCAUGUCGACGUGCACGUUCGAUCCACCCCGUCGCAUGCGUACAUCCGAUCAAAUUCGCGUUGUGGGCAAGUACAAUGCCACUGAAGCCCAUACCGGUGUCAUGAGUUUGUUUUAUAUUGCCGUGGCGGAUGUAGAUAAUGAUGGACAAGGUGUGAAUGUGAUUCCAACAAACGGAGAGUCAGUGGGAUUUUGGAAACGAUUUCAACGAUUGGCCAGUUUUUGUGGCGUUGCCAUUGUGCUGUUUGCGACCUACCAAACCUUUUUUCAGAAUCGUCGAAUGGGGCGGGGUGGAUACGAGCAGGUGCCCAGUAGUACCGCGACCAGUUUGACUGUGUAA